AUGAAAAGAGUGCGUGGACCAUUUGAAGAGGAAUUUAACUAUUCUAACGAGGUAAGGGCAAAACUUCUCCACAAAUCCCAUUAUGUAAUAUGCGAUGAGACGCCUUGUGACAAUUUAGCUAUAGCGCUAGAGUUAUAUCCAUCACACGUUGAACAGUUACAUACAUUUAUUUGUAGUGCUUGCACUGCAAACUUACAUGACGAAAGGAUAUUAGAAUUACAUUUAGAGGAGUUUCAUAACCCUUUAAACCCGCCACAACCCGAUCUUAGUAAUCCUAUAAAGGGACUAAGAUGCUAUGAACCAAAUUGUUACUGCAGGUUUUUAAAUCAUAGUCAUAGAGUUCACCAUUUAAGAGUAGACCAUUAUUAUCCCAGUAGUUUCAAUUUCGAUAUUGUAUAUGGAAAUAUGUCCAAAAAAUAA